CGGUGCUGAAGGGGACUCUUAAACACUGUCUACUAAACCGUGUCCAUUCCAAAUUAGGUUGGGGUUUAUUAAUAUGAAUUUGGGGUUUUUUCUUCUUUUUUUUUUUUUUUUUUUUUUUUUUUUGGAUUUUGAUUUUUUUCUACCGCUUGAAUAGAAAACAGUACGUAAAGAAUUAGUGUGGAAUUAUUUCAGGCUGAAGCUAUGCGUGUGCUUCUAGCGUACCAUGAACCUUGCAUUUUUGCUUAACUUGAUGAGAAUUGCCUAACCUCAGAUAAGGGAUAUAACUUUUGUAAGUAAGGGGGAUUGAGGAGAGAACUUUUGCAAGUAGGUAGGACGGAUCUCUUCGAACUGACACCUAACUAAUUAGCAUUCACCAUUCAAGGAAAAAUGAAGAAAAAAAUGAAAAAAAAAGAGUCAUCCAAGACGAAAAGAAGUCAUCCAACACUACUAAGAAUUAAUAUACGGUUGGAACAAAGACUGUGUAACGCUGGACUCCAAUUGUAAUAAAGGGACGAUAGAUGGCAGCAAAGACCGUGAAAUAAUUACAGCAACCCUAUAUAGUGGGGGGCGCGGAAAAGGCGGGAUUUAUCAUGAAUGUGUAAUGACUUUUGCGAAUAUAAGGUUUUUGCUUUUGUCAUUCCGUUCGACGCACUCAUGGAGGGUUAUCCCCAGUGCCGUCAAUGAAAAGGAACGCGACUUCACAUUGGUCAGACUGCGAUGCUGAGUAAAUAUCUUUGUUUCAGUACCUGUGGGACCGGCUGGGCGCCGAGCGCGGCUACCACGGCCACAGCAGCAGCGGCUCCGCCGGCUGCGGGAACAGCAGCGCUGUCGCCGACCCGCUGCGGCAGGAGGUGGAAGCCCUGGUCUCCCACUGGAACCUCUACAUCAACUUGGGGGGCUUCUUUGUCUGUCUCUUCUCCGUGACUCUGUUUGGACCAUGGAGCGACAGCGUGGGCCGCCGUCCGGCGCUCAUCCUGUCGACAGCAGGCAUAGCCCUGCAAACGUCCAUCUACCUGCUGGUCAUGUACCCGGAGCUGCACGUCUCCUACUUGCUCCUGGGACGCCUUCUGAGUGGCCUGUCAGGAGACUACAACCUGAUCCUGGCCAGCUGCUUUGCCUACGUGGCUGAGACCAGCGACAGGCGUGCGCGGACGUUCCGGGUGGCCAUCCUCGAGGCGUGCCUGGGCAUCGCGGGCAUGCUGGCCAGCAUCAGUGGUGGCCAGUGGCACAAGGCCCAGGUGGAAAUUCUCUUUAAUCCCUGGCUUUUCUCCUUCUCGUCACAGUGCAUUUUGGAGCCAAGGACCUCUUGGUUUUGUGUGAACUUGGCUUCCCUCUCUGCUGGGCUUUCUGACCUCAUCGGGGCAGUGAUUUCCUGGGGCAAGUGGCCAGUGAAACCAUCAGUGCAAGAGGGAUCAGUGACCAGCAGGCACCAGAAUUGUCUGGAGAGCUGGAACUGGAAAGAAACUACUGCAGGUCAGCCUCCAACUGCAGCCUCAUCUGUGGAGUGUAAAUAACAACGUGGAAGGGUCUCAGCUGAUGAAUUCUGCCUGUUCUUCACAAGCAACACGUCCUCAGCCAUCGUUUCCUCUGUCAUGUGAGUCACAAUACCUACAAAAAUGCUAGAAAUGAGCUCUCUAAGUGUGUUACGGUUUGUCUUGUUUGAGCUUUGCCCGUGGCCCAUUAACAGUCCCUUGGAGUUGUCAAAGGAGCAAAGCCAAUUUACAUUAGUUUGGAACAGUUUAUAUAAACGGGUUAAUCUAACACUCUGAAUCGCGUGCUUUGAAUUCUAACAGCAACUUGGUCUUUGCUCACUGAUCUGCUCUUUGACGCAGACCAAACCUCAUAGGAAACCAAACAGCACAGCCAAAGCUUCUUUUAUUAACUGAGCUUAUAAGUUAUUUUGUCCUUUAUAAAAAGAAGUGUUUUCUAAUGUGCUGUGAAUUAAUAUAAGUGAUCACAUAUUGCUAACUACAACAUUUCACAGAUCUGACUGCAUUUAAAAUGUUGACUUUUGCUUUGUUUGGAGAGAAGAAAAAACAGGGUUUAUGUUUAAAUUUCUUCAGCCAUCAGGCUAGGGAGCGGCCCAGUAGAACAGGACCUGGGGGUGCUGGCUGACAGCUGAACUUGAGCCUGCGUGUGCUCAGGUGGCCAAGGGCAACCUGGCUUGUAGCAGUAGUAGUGUGGCCAGCAAGACUAGGGCAGUGCUGGCCACUGCUGAGGCCAGACCUUGAAUCCUGGGUUCAGUUUUGGGCCCCUCACAACAAGAGAGGCAUUGAGGUGCUGGAGUGUGUCCAGAGAAGGGAACGGAGCUGGGGAAGGGUCUGGAGCACAAGUCUGAUGAGGAGCGGCUGAGGGAGCUGGGAGGGCUCAGCCUGGAGAAAAGGAGGCUCAGGGGGGACUUUAUCAGGGUUAGAGGGGAAGCUGAGUGGCUGAGGUCACUCGUUUUGUUCAGCCUGGAGGAGACCAAGGGGAGCCCUCAUCGAGGUCUGCAGGUUCCUCAUGAGGGGCAGAGGAGGGGCAGGGGCUGUUCUCUCUUCUCUGGUGACCAGCGACAGGACUUGAGGGAGUGGCAUGAAGCCAUGCCAUGGGGAUUUAGAUUGGAUAUGAGGGAAAAUUCCUCCACGGAAAGGGUUGUCCAGCCCUGGCAGAGGCUGCCCAGCGCAGCAGCGGAAUUACCAUCCCUAGAGGGAUUUAAGAGUGUGGAUAUGGCACCUGGGGACAUGGUUUAGCGGUUGCCUUGGCCGUGCUGUGUUAACGUCGGUCUCGAUGAUCUCAGAGGGCCUUUUCCCACCUCAACAAUUCUAUGAAACAACACGCGGCGAGGGGGGGAAGGUGGGGGGGAGCUGAGCGCUGCUUCUUUAUCACCGGACUCGCUGCAGCGGCAACACCGAGGGAUCCCGGGGACUCGCUGAACCCUCUCGGUUCCCGCGGGCGGCGGGGCGGAGCGGAGAGGCCAGUCCCGGGCGGA